GUACUCUGGUUGUUAGGUACCUAGAACAGUUUGUAGAGCUUUUGAAACUUAAGAGAGUGACAUGGAAAGAGUUAUGCUUCGAUCUAGUGGGAUAGAACGAUAGUGUCUUAGAAAGAUAAAGUGUCUUAGAAAGUUGAACUGUCUUGCUUGUCUCACUAUGUUGAGAAGUAUCCUUAUCAAACUCUAGAUGUAGAUGCACCAGUGAGUAUGUCAGAGGAUAUUGAUGACAGAAGAGAGAUCGAUCACAUUUGCUGUGAUGGGUGAAGCAACCAAGAGAUUGACCUAACGCCUCUGUCCAGCGUUCCGCCUCUGAAAUGGGAUGUGGAAGCUCGAAGGACUCCACGCCAGUGGCGGAGAAAAGCAAUGGGGCCAGAAAUGAUAACCCACCUAUCGAGCCUAUUAACGUCCCUGACAUUGACCCUAGGUAUCCCCCACCUGAACCCCCACCCAACACCAAGGAUGAUAUUUACAGACUUUCGGACUACACGGCUAUCGACACAAGAGUAAAACAGCAAUCUCGUACGUACAGGACUAACACCUACGACAUCCUGAUCAAAUCCAUCUGCGCCAACUGUACCACUGAACUACAAAAACUCCGGGCCAUUAUGGUAUGGCUGUUCCUUCAAGACAUUCAUGGAUCUUUCUACAGCGGCGUGACUGAUCCCUACACUCCGAGGGGAUACAUGAAGCUUAUCAAGGCCAGGGGUGGUUCCUAUGCGGCGUUUUUGGCCCAGUUGUGCAGAGCUGUAGGCAUACCUUGCAAUGUGAUCCGCGGUCUAGGUAAGGGAGACAAGUAUGAAGUGGGCCAGCAGGACUUGAGUCAUUUGGAGAGCUCCUGGAAUGCCGUCUACGUGGCAGAUGGCUGGAGGCUGAUUCAUCCAUUGUGGGCGAUUUACAAAGAGAAACAAGUGGACGAGAAUAAACAGUCUCCUCUCGCUGGCACAAAAAGAUCAGACAUCGACGAGUUUUUCUACUUAAUAGACCCAAAUAGACUCAUUUGCUUCUGCAAGCCCCACCUUGAUCCUUGGCAGCUACUCAAGGUCAAAUGGGAGCAUCGGAAAUUCGUCAAAAGUCCAAAGUUUACCCAGCAUUACUUCACUUCCGGUCUCAUGCUGCCCAAGAAGUACAACGCCAUCAUCUACAGCGACAACGGCAUCUGCGUGAUUGACUUUGACCAUCAGGAGUACGCCGAUCCUUCGCUGGAUGCCACAUUGACUUUCAACAAGGACAUGUCCAGCGACGUGAUGCCCCAGGGCACGGACCUAAAAGACUUUAUUGCCAGGGUCAACACCAACUCCAGAAAAUCUGUCAUAUUCAGAUUCCCUGUCAGGGGUCGCUACGAGGCCGAUCUCUUCGGCGGGGUCAGUUCAGGCAACCCGAAAAUUGUGGAGUUUCGUAUUGAGUGCGAUGACGUAGGCAGGGACCCCCAACCUUUUCCGAUGCACCCACCUGGUGGUUUUGGACUUCAGCCAGUGGCCAGUCAGUUUGGAAUAUCGGACCCUGUGCCGGACUCAGGGAUUAUAUUAGUGAAACCGGCACAGGUAAAACAUUUCUCCUUUACUUGUACACAAAGACUGGAGGCCCAGGCGACACUUUUUCAUAACCGAGUUAGUUCAGAAAGUUUUGAGGAUUUUCUCUCAACUAAAUGUACUGCUGAUGAGGUUCAUGUCACUGUGGCAAUACCGGACGAGGAACUUUUAGAAUUUGCUCUGCAGAUAGCUGUCCGUCCAGACGGUGCCACGCGAGAUUUUACAGUAGUUGCCAACUAUCUCCUGGUGGAUGAGAAUUGGAAGAAAAAGACAGCAGUUGUCACGCCACGGCCUCGUAUUAGCAAGAACGAUGAGGAAAGACUGAGAAAAACUUUGAUCGCUGCCACACAGAAGAACGACAUUGAGAGACUAGAGAGCGCCAUGUUGGACUUUGAGAGAAAUGGUCUCCCUGACAAUGGAGACCUGACCAGAGCAAGACACAAACUCUACCAGUUGCAUCUCCAACGUUUAAGAAAAGCAACACUGGAAAGAAAACUGGAAGAACUUGAUUAUGCUAUUGAAAGUGCCAAGAAGUCUCCUGUGGCCUUAGAUUUGAUUGACACCAAGGAAAUGAAUGAGGCUAUAAUGACCAGGCAACAGCUUAGACGACUAAGACUUUAUAUGCACAAAGUUCUGGCCCUAAACAAAGCCACCAUCUCAGAAAUACACAGCUACCAGAGACCACGCCCUCUAGUGCACACCGUCAUGAAGGCCACGUUUAGAAUUUUGGGUGAACCAAGGUCAAAGCUUCAGGACUGGAGUUACAUACAGUCCUCCAUGAGGACCUUGGGACGUAACAGUAUGAUCAGCAGAAUGCGAAGAACGGACAUCGUUCAUUUGAAGAAAGGUCAAAUGAAGGACGCAGAGAACUACCUGUCCCAGACCAACAAGCACCUGGUACGCAUGUGCAGUGCGGGUGCUGGAACUUUCUAUGUAUGGAGUAACAACAUGGUGUCAGAGUUUUACGGUGACAAAAACCUUGACCCCCUAGAUGUCUGGAACAGCAAUAACAAAUGGGCUAAGACCAAGCCAAGCCCUCGCCGCCAACGAAUUGAAAGCCGAGCAUCGGAACAACUUCAGGACGAUCCCGCAUUAAGAGAAACUGAUGAGUUCUCUGGGGAGUCAGCCGCUGAGGAUGAUUGGAAUCCCAACAGGACUCCGACUUCUAAACACGGCAAUCCGAGAGAGGAGGAAGACGAGAACAGGCCACGGAAGAAACUGGAAACCAUCGAAGAGGCGAAGCCAUUGAAAACCAAAAAGAAUGGCCAACCUAAAAAUCAGGAUUCUAAUGACGAGUAUGAUCAAGAAGGCGCAAAACAAAAUAAAAAGAAGAAAACAGAAUCCACGGACGAACUUGGACAGAAGUCAAAACAGAAGGACCCAUUUGAGACCACAAGGAACAGACGCCCUUCAGAUGAUUGGGAUCCAAGCAACAAAAGAACGCCCCAAAGGGAAUAUUCAAGACAAGACAAGAAACCCAGACGGGAGCAGUUUGAAAACAAGGAGAAUCAAGGUUUAGCCCGAAACAAUUCUAAGAAUAGUGCAGGAAAAGAAAGUUUAAAAACAAACAAGGAGAAUUCUCCAGCCAGAAAAGUAAAAAAGUACGAGUCCUUACUAGAGAACGAUGACCGGCGUUACUCAGAGCAGAUAGAUAAUAAACCAAAACCUGGCAGACGAUGAUGUCUGUAUGACCUAUGACCUAUCAAAAUUUAUAAAGUUUUAGAUCACAUUGCAAUGCUUUAUAUCUGUUAUGUAAUGUUGUAUAGUAAUACACAUGUUUAUUAAUCUUAGUCAUGUUCUCUAUUUAAUGACUAAUCUUUGGUAAUAUUCAAAUGUCUGUAUGAUACAUUUUUUUGUCUAUUUUUAUAUUGAACUAAAUGUACCUCAUUAUUUUAUAUACAUUUUGUAGACAACUAUUCUGUAUUUUCGUGACAUAAUGACGAACUGACGAAUUAUAUUGAAAUAACGAGACACAAAUUUUAUUAUUUUGAAAAAAGUAAGUACUAUUAGUUAAUAAAUUGUUUCAACUUGUAUGUAAUACCUUUAAAUUCAAACUCUGGUUUCUCUGAUGCGAGGUGUUAGAUUAAUUCAUCCUUAUAAUGUCUGAAGUUAUUGUAAAUGUAAAUUGUUUUUCUUUUGGCUACCGGAAAAUGCAUAAUUGAAAUAAAGAAGCAUCUUAAGUGUAGAUCAUUAGUACACAUGACUUUUUUUUAGGAAGAUAUACACUUAUAGUAACGUUUUAUAGAUUACACUUUUGUUUUAUUAUAUACAUUUUACCUUUUAGUCAGUACGAUUUUGUUAGUUUACAUGUUGACGAAUCCCAGUUGCCAAAUUGUUUUAUAAUGUAUUAUUUUAAAUUCCACUUUUUUUUGUCUCAAUAUAUUUAAGGGUUUAGCUGAAGAGUGAUUGUGAUAUUUCAGUUGGUGGUUUGGAGUUUCUCUUGACUCCCACCUAAAGUGGAAUACAUCAAACUGUUGAAAGUUUGCAAGAGUUCAAUGCUUAAACAUUUCAUGAAUUUUAUAAGCUUAAAUAUUUUACUAUCGCCCGCAAGUCCAUCAACUUGAUUCUACAGAAGUUUAGUUUGGAGAAAUAAGAUGUUUGUGACAAUGUUACAUUAGCCCUGACAUAUCAAUAACAAUUGAUGGUGAGUCUUAAACAUCAGGGCCAGGUAUUGAAACGUCUGCUAGAGAUGUGAUGACCCUUGACUGAUACGUACUUUAAAUACAAUUAUUAUAUAAAAUGUGGUUUGAUUUGGUUUAUGCACUUUUAUGCUGUUAACUGAUCUAUGUAUUUAUUGCUGUCUCCUCUCUGUGCAGCUCUUGUUCGGACACAAUAUAAUUAUUGUAAGGGUUAAAAUAUAUUCUUAUUUAGUUUUCUUUUAGAUACUUUAUUUUAAUAUUUAAACUUAUGUGUAAAAGUUACUUAAACAUUUUAAAAUUUUAUUUCUAUGAAAGUGACAGGAGAUACGUAACCAAUCUAUGUAAUAUUCUACAUUAUGUGAUAGGAACCAAGACCGAUAAUCAAUAGUUUCUGAGAAAUGUAUUUGUAAAUACAAUUAUUUCUAGUAUUAUAUUUCCUUAGCAUGUUUAUAAUAUAAUAAAUGAAGCCACAGCUACA